UCAAUUUUGACAUCCGUCAACGGUUUUAUUAUUUUAAAAAUUAAUAUAGCAAUAACUCAAUAUAAAAUUAGUUUCUGUUUAAACUAGUUAAAUACAAUAAAUAUGGAUGAUGAUAGCCAGCUACAGAAGUCAACUGAAAAUGUUGAAAAAUUAGAGUUAUCAAAUGUAUUUAACACUAUGAAAGAAUUAGAUAAUAUAAUAACGAAUACUUUAAGAACAGUUAACACAGUUAGUUCAAAUCUACUUGAAGAGAUAGAAUUUGUAGUUCAUGAACACAAAUCUGAUAAUAGUUUACCUAUUGAAAGACAGUCGGCCAAGGUUUUGAUCAAUAUAAAAGAAGAAUCUGUUCAAUUAAUGAACCACUUUGCAGAACUGGCCAAUCCACAAUUAGAUGAGGCUUUGAAUUUUAGUCCAGUGUACAAAUAUGUUGAAGAUGUGGAGAGAUUUAGUGAAGAAUGUAAUGAAUUCAACAGGUAUCUGAAAAUGAUUUCACAGGGAAUAAAGAAAAUGGUUUCGAAUAAUAAAAACCAAAACAUUGAUAACAGUCAGCAGGGUUCUCUGAACAGCACAUUUCUAUCUGCUGACUUCAGUCUUGGUAACCCAGUAGCUAGUUCUCCAUUUGUAUCUCCCAGAGCCAAGCACAAUAGUCAGUAGUUUAGUUUUAAUGUUUUGUAUUUACCAUAUCAAAUAUAUAUUUUGUCAUAUAUCAAA